AUGGCCGAGAAUUGGAAGAACUGCUUCGAAGAGGAGCUCAUCUGCCCCAUUUGCCUGCACGUCUUCGUGGAGCCGGUCCAGCUGCCCUGCAAGCACAACUUCUGCCGGGGCUGCAUCGGGGAGGCGUGGGCCAAGGAGACGGGCUUGGUGCGCUGCCCGGAGUGCAACCAGGCCUACAACCAGAAGCCCAACCUGGAGAAGAUCCUGAAGCUCACCAACAUCGUGGAGAAGUUCAACUCCCUCAACCUGGAGAAGCCCCCCGCCGUCUUGCACUGCGUGUUCUGCCGUCGGGGCCCCCCGCUGCCGGCCGCUUAA